AUGGAGACUAUCAUAGACCCUUUCAGCCAGAUACUCUGGCAAGAUCCCUCAAUACUGCCGUCAGAAAGCGUACAGUCUAUCGAGGAGCAGGCCAAAGAGCAGCUUAAUCGAAAUGAAAACAGGUUCCCAGCUUUCCUAGCCCAUCUCUCGUCCCUAGAAAAGAAGGGACGCGGAACAGAAACCGUGUUUAUAAAUGAGUAUAUCCAAGGGUUUACUGAUCGUUCUUUCAUCGACCGCGGCGCGACCUUCUCCGUCGAAAAGGCUGUUGCAAUCCCAAACCAGCAAACAACCAGCUUCGCGCCUUCAGUCAUCCGCCAAAAGCGUGUCGUGGCUUUAAAGUCAGUUCGGAUUCAGUCUCAAUCGGACGAACUACCUAAAGCAGGUUGGGACCAUGUAUUGCUCGAAAUUCGCGCUCUUCUCCACGAGACACUUCGCUAUCAUCCCAAUAUCGUGCGUCUUAUCGGUCUGUACUGGGGUCCCGACGGAGCAUCCGGCAAUGUGUAUCCUCAGCUUGUUAUCGAACAUGCAGAGCAUGGAACAUUAGAGGACCUGCAGAAUAACUCGAAAUCACCAAUUCCAUUUGCCGUCAAGCAGAAACUGCUGUACGAUGCGGGUAAAGGCUUAUCUAUCAUUCAUGCUUGUAGCAUCAUUCAUGGCGACAUCAAGCGUCAGAAUGUAUUGAUUUUUGCAGAUAACUCCAACCACGGCCCAUAUAUGGCCAAGCUGGCUGACUUUGGAGGCGCUAUCUAUGGCUCUGAGAAGUAUGACUCUUAUCGCUUCAUCUGCAAGACACCAAGAUACGCUGCACCGGAAACCGACGGCAUUGUCACCUCUGAAGCUGCAAAGCUUUGCGACGUCUAUUCGUUUGGCCUACUUGUCUGCGAAACAUUUAAUGAUGGGGAUCUGUCGAGUCUUCAUUAUGAGUUCAGUCCCCAGGGCAACUCGAUAACUUCAUCAGUGACGUUGGCUCAACUGAAGCAAUCUGGAAGGCUUUUGCAUAGAGCAACAUCUAUGAUCCAGGAUUAUUUCGAUAUGCAUGAGAUCAACCAGAACUGUGCGGAAAUGGUUCUAUAUGUUCUUGAACAGACGAUACAAAAGAACCUGGCAAAUAGGUCAUUGGCAAAGGCGCAGGCUGCUCUGAGAGGUGCUCCUCUCUCGGAAAUUGACGACUAUCUAAGUGACGUCGAUCAGAUGAAUCGCAAGUGGAAAGAAGUCGAAGAUAACGAACCUCCUGGAAAGCAUGGCGUUAGUGCAGAUGGCGCUGGAUUGGUCUUAGGCACAAUGGGAGCUACGUAUGAUCCGCAAAACAACACGCCCGGCUUUCGCCCCAAGGUUAAGGCUCCUGUAGACCCGGGUUUUGUUUUCGAGCCUGAAAAGCUCAAGAACAUUUUAUCAUGGCAGCAGCAAGAGAAUAUCCUUCGAGAUCUUCAGGCUAUCUCAGAUUCUGGAGAUAAAAGUCGCGAUGUCGAGCUACAUAAGCUAUUUGCAGCCUGGUUCCUAUUCAGAUGUCAUGUCGCGGAAUUUGGCACGUUCCUUAACCCCGAGAAAGCUUGUGCUGCAAUUCGAAAAGCAGCAAGUGAUGCAGUAACCGGAUCUGAUGAUUCAAGUGGCUUUGAGUAUCUUGCUGCAUCGUGUGUAUGGCGCGUAAGUCAAGCUCUGGGACAGACACCGCCUGAACUAUUGGAAGUCCUCCCGUCUAGUCUUCAGUGGGCUACCCUUCGAGGUGGUUGGCAGGCUGCCCAAGAUCUCGAGGAUGCUCUGCCACUCUUGAGUGAUGAAGCCAGGGAGAACGCGACCCAAACGUAUCAGAAUGCGCGGAGACUUGCUAAUUACUUCAGUGGAGUACCUGGCUCACUUGCUUUCUUGCCGCGACACUUGAGACGGGACUUUCAGAUCGACAAUGUAGAUCAACUGCAACAAGAGCUCAAGGAGGAGCUUGGAGCUGCCUAUGAAUUGUCACUCAAGAGCUCGCACGGGACGAUUGAAAAUACGCAACAAAUGAAUCACUUCGACAGAAUCUUCGUCAAUAGCCGAGGACAUGGGAUCCUGCACAUGGCAGCAGCUCGUGGACAAGCCAAAACAAUCAACCAUCUCAUUAACACCUUCAAGCUGGAUAUCGACCUUCCGAAUCAGGACUGUGAAGAAACGCCAUUAGUCUGCUCUUGUCGUAAUGCCCAUUUGGAGGCUUCCCUAGCACUACUCCGUCAUGGCGCGAACCCAAAAGGACAUCCUUUGGGACAAGACACUCCGCUUCAUUGGCUGUGGAGGUUUGAGAAAGAAGAGAUGAUGUCCAUGGCGAAAGGUCUACUGGACGCUGGAGCUUUAAUCGAUGCCGCGUCGGGUAGUAUGAGGGCUGAAGUCCUGAAGGCACACGCUGACUGGGAAGGAACAAUGUCUAUCUCCACGACGCCUUUGGGUCGUUGUGUUCUGUUUCAGAAUCUUCAUGCUGCUGAGGUCCUCAUCGAACUGGGUGCUGACCCAAUGUUUGAAAUUAACGGGAAGUCACCCUUUCAGCUUGCUGCCAUGCUCGCAUUACCAAAAUUCCUUCGACUAUUUUUAAGCCAAGGCCAUACCGAAUCAAGGAUCAUGGGUUUGUUCAAUGGUUAUGACGAUGUUACUCUUUUGAAGAUGACUCAGGAGCUCAAGUUUGGCAACCGAGAUACGUUUUCGUUGCUCAGCCGACUCAUCAGAAACGGUCCGAGGUAUCGUUCUGAUAUCGAGGAAACACUUGCCAUUUUCAAGGAGCAGAGAGAAUAUCUAGGUAACGCCGCUUUUCCCAGUGGGCACUCUGGAGAAGGUUUGUGUAUGCAAAUCAAACUUGGGAAUCGUGAUAUUGUUGAGGCGUUACUAAAAAUGGGACACAAUCCCUCUGGCUUGCCUGGCUAUCGACCCAUGCGCGAAGCGGUACUACUCAAUGAUGAGAAAGUGUUCCGGUUAUUGCGAGACUAUGGCGUGGACAUCGAAAGCUACCCUGAGUGGCCGCGUACGUUGCUUCACGAUCUAGCUGGGAGACCGGCUUCAUCACCCCCUGGAACUAUCAUAGCGCAAUAUCUCAUAGAGUCCGGGGUCUCUAUUUUGGACCAUCCAUCAGGCACUAGACCGCCUGUUGUCGAAGCAAUCUUGCAUGGAUACUUUGAUCUAGCGGAUCUGCUCAUUCAGCAUGGAGCGCAAAUUGGCUGUCCAUACCAGCUGGGUCCCGAACUCCCUCGAAUUUCUAUCUUCAAGGAGCUGCUUGAACAAAGAACCGAGAUGUCGCUGUCAAUCCUUCAGUCCCUUCUCAGACCGAAUGAUACAAUAGCUGGCCACGAACCAAUACUACGCCACAAUGAGCAAUUCAAUUUCAUCGUGGAUCACAUCGGAAAUCCUGCCGAAGAACAAAGUGCAUGGAUUAUCCUUGCUACCUCACCACCAGCACGCAAGGACGUCGUGGAAGCGGAGAUCUACAUGGCCCAGGUUCAGUGCAUGCUUUCAGAGGACUCACCAUUCGCGAGCAAAGAAUGCAUAAACUUUGAUCACCCAAGGCUUGGCACCGCUUUAUGCCGAGCUGCCCUAUUCCAAAACCACUUUCUAGUUGGAAAGCUUCUCCUGAACGGCGCUGAUCCUAAUAUCAGAUUCCAUCAAGACUUUGGACCAGCGCAGCGAUAUUUUGGUGACGGAUCCCCAGCCAAUCUAGCGCUAGGUUGCUAUGAAGUCGCCAUUGAAGGCUGGAAUGACACGGUACCAGAUUCUAUGCUGGAGGACAUGCGAAGUGUGAUCAACGAAUUGGAGUCUACUCGGGACUAUCCGGACGAAGCGCUUACUCGAGGAGAGACUCUCAGGAAGCGGCAUAAGGAUCUUCUAUCGACACGGAAUGAUACACUCGCUAUACAGUCGCAAAUGGCUAAUAUGAACCUUCAGCAAAGCUUAGUUGACUUAUCAGAUGUAAGCGCGAUACAAGCGCCAGACCUAGAUGAGAGCCAGCGGGAGAUAUUCCAGGCUACGGAGGUAAUUAUUCGGUGGAUGUUUGAUUCGCAGCGAUACGGAACAAUUGGACGAGCGGAAAUGGCGAGAUUAGCAGAUGGUGAGAAUGCAUAG